GUCUAACAAUGUAGUGUGCUGGUCUUGUCAUUUGUCAAUAAUGUCAUUUAGUAUUCAAUUUUCAUUUUUCAGUUUAAUUCAUUGUGAAAUGAGUUGUGCUUGUGUGACGCGCUUUCAGAAUCAAAAAUUUAUGUACUAUUUAUAGUAUAAAAUUCGUGAUCAGAUAUUCUUCAUAUUAUUUAAACUAUAGGCGUACACUAUGAAUACUGCAAAAAAUAUGGAGGGCGAGAAGGUGAAGGAGAACGUGGUGGAGUCGGGCGUGGGGACGCGCUGGGUGGCGCUGGCGGCGCUGUGCUCGGCCGCCACGCUGCUGGUGGCGGGCGCGUUCGACGCCGCGCUGCCCGCGCCGCUCGACCGCUCCGCGCCGCCCGACCGCUUCAUCGCGCAGAACGCCUACGAGCACCUGGUCAACCUCACAUCUAUUGGGCCUAGGGUGGCGGGUAGUUACGAGAACGAGGUGGCGGCCGUGAAGGUGCUGCUGGAGGCGGCGCGCGGCGUGCAGGCGGCCGCCUCGCCGCACAACCACGUCGAGAUUGACGUCUUCUCCGCUAGCGGCGCCUUUGCCCUCACCUUCAUCGAUGGCAUGACGAACAUGUACCGCGACGUGCAGAGCGUGGCGAUCCGCGUGCGCGGCGCGGGCGGCCGCGCGCCGGGCGCGCGCAAGCCCGACGCGCUGCUGCUCAAUUGCCACUACGAUACCGUGCCCGACAGCCCAGGCGCGAGCGACGACGGCGCGGGGUGCGCGGUGGUGCUGGAGACGCUGCGCGCGCUGGCCGCCGCGCCGCGCCCGCUGCGCCACGACGUGGUGGCGCUGCUCAACGGCGCCGAGGAGAACAUCCUGCAGGCCUCGCACGCCUUCGUCACCACGCACAGAUGGGCGAAGUCGCUGCGCGUGUUCAUCAACAUCGAGGCGUGCGGCGCGGGCGGGCGGGAGGUGCUGUUCCAGGCGGGCCCGCACGACCCCUGGCUGCUGGAGGUGUACGCGGGCCAAGUGCCGCACCCGUUCGCGUCGUCGCUGGCGCAGGAGCUGUUCGAGAGCGGCCUCAUCCCCGCCGACACAGACUUCCGCAUCUUCCGCGACUUCGGCAACAUCUCUGGCGUGGACCUGGCGUGGAGCAGCAACGGCUACGUGUACCACACGCGCCUGGACACGGCCGCGCGCGUGCCGCCCGCCGCGCUGCAGCGCACCGGCGACAACGUGCUCGCGCUCGCGCACGGUCUGCUGAGCAGCGAGCGGCUGGAGCAGGCGGCGGAGCACGCGCGGCUGCCGGUGUUCUUCGACGUGCUGGGCGUGCUGGUGCUGCUCGUGCGCGCGCCGCUGGCCGCGCUGGCCGCGCUCGGCGCGCUCGCGCUCGUGGCCGCCAGCGUCCUCGCCGACGCCAGGGACGCGCGCAAGCACCUGUACCUGCCGGCGGCGCAGUGGGCGCGCGUGGUGGCGCGCGCGCUGCUGUCGCUGGCGCUGGCGCAGGGCGCGGGGCUGGCGGCCAGCGCGGCCGUGGCGCUGUCGCUGCACGCGGCCGGCGCGCCGGUGUGCGCGUCGUGGUGGGACGCGCGGCGGACGUGGGCGCGCGCGGUGCGGCGCGGCGGCGCGGCGGCGCUGGCGCGCGGCGCGUGGGCGGCGCGCGCGUGGCGCAGCGCGCUGGGCGUGGGCGCGGCGGGCGCGCUGGGCGCGGGCGCGCUGCUGGGGCUGCGCAGCGCGUUCCUGCCCGCGCUGUGGGCGCUGGCGGCGGGCGCGGGCGGGCUGGGCGCGGGGCGCGGCGCGGCGGCGUGCUGGCCCGCGGCGGCGGCGCUGCCGGCCGCGCAGACCGCCUACCUGGCGCUGGGCUGCGUCAACAUGUUCGCGCCCGUCAUGGGCCGCGCCGGCACCACCCUCGUGCCGCCCGACGUGAUCAUGGCGCUAAUCGUGGCGUCGCUAACUCUAACCGUCUUCAGCUGGAUGUUACCGAUCGUCAUAACGGCUAAAAAUCCGCGACCGCUGAUGUACGCGGGGUGGGCGGCGACGCUGGCGGCCUGGGCGGCGUGCGCGGCCGCGCGCGCCCCGCCCUACAGCGCGGCGCGCCCGCAGCGCGUCAUGCUGUUCCACACGCGCCGCUCCGUGCACGCGCCCCACAACCCCGGCGACCCCGCGCACCACGACUUCUACUGGCUGCCCGAGCUCGACGCCAACACGCCGCACUCGCUCGACCCCUACGUGGCGGGCAUGCGGGAGGCGGCGGCCACGAGCGCGGCGGAGUGCGCGCGCUGGGUGUACUGCGGCGCGCCCUACUACCUGCCCGUCAGCUCGCUCGUGGCGCGCGGCCACGCGCUGCCCGCGCCCGGCCCCCCGCCCGUGCGCCUGCACCUCGCCGCGCGCCUGCUGCCCGCACCCCCCUCCGCCCCGCCCGACGCACGCCUCGAGCGGCGGGAGCUGAUCCUCGAUAUUAGUGGCCCCAACCACAUAGUGGUGAUCCUGGCGCCGGCGGCGGGCGGCGAGGUGACGCGGUGCCGCGCGGAGGGCGCGGGCGCGGGCGUACCGACAGAUGGGGCUAUCGUGAGGCCGCACUUGAAGCAGCAAUAG